CGCUUUUCGGGGGCUCCGUCUGAGUUGCUGCGGGAUGCCACGGUGGUGGCUAGUCUCGGUAUUAUGGUUGGUAAGACCGAGCGAGUUGAUAUGGAUUUCACUAGAGCUCAUGGGAUAGCUCGCCUAUUGGUCAGUAUUCUGGACAUCGACUAUGUACCCGACAUGGUUAAGUGGGCCUUUCGAGGGAAGGUUUACACUCUUGAGAUUCAGUUUGAGGAUGAUAGUCUCUUCGCAGAGGCUCCAGCGGCCACUGGUGAUGACAUGAAUGAAGGUGAUGAUGAUACUGCGGGUAAGGAAAAGAUGGCCGAUGAUUCUGUCAGUGAGGUGGCCAAGAGGCCGGAGCCGACGGGUAGGGCAGCAGGUGGAGGGACGGCGCCUGGAGUAUCUGUGCCGACCACCACUCUGCGUUUUGGUUCCUUUGGUCCAGCUUCCGCUCCUCCGAGACUGUGGAGCGAGCGGGUGGAGUCGGGUGAGGAGAUUGAGUUUUCUUUACCGCCGUUGGAUUUUGCGGGUACGGAGGUGGAGGGUUCCGGUGGGCCCGAGAGCUUGGAUAUUGUCUCGUCUACAUCAGCGUGUGGUGACGUGGCUGUGGUGCAGGCGGGUGGUCUGACCUCAUCUGGGAGUCCGGAUCGGGAUUCUUUGGAGGCCCCCUCUCAUCCUCCGGUUGGGGAGCCUUCUCCUCGCUCGCCUGUGGCUGGGCGAUCACCUCUGGCGGAUGCGCAGGUUCGGCGGGAGGGCGUGGGGCCGGUGGCCUCUACGCCCCCAUCGGCCUCGGUGCCCGAGGGGGGCGCCAUAUUCGAGAUGGCGACGUGCACUCCGGACAGGCGGUCCGGGGUGGAUGGGGGGAGGGGGCAGGUGGCCUUCUCCUCCCCAGUGCUGGACUCGGCGCGCUCACCGCGCUCACCUGGUGGCGACCGGGUGGAUGUUCGGGGAGUGACAGGUGGUCGCUCGCCGGAUAAAUUCUCGCGGGAGGAGGUCAUUAUGUUUGGCGGGAUCCCGGACCAGGCAGCUGAGGGUCGACGUAUGAGUUGUCGGCUUCAGAGCCAUCCGGAGGUGGACGACAUGCAGCAGCGCUGUGCCGCGAGGGCGGCCAAGCUUCGUGACGUCCAAGUCACUACUGGUGUUGUUCCGGGCUACGGCGCUGAUCCGUACUUGGUCCUUACUCACUCCGACGGAGGCCAGGGAGCGUUUGGUUACUGGAUCUGUCCGGUGGGAGACGGUUGCGCGGGAUAUCUUCAACCGGUUUGGAUGGCGAUCAUGUAAUAGGAUAGGCAUCUAGUUUACCUACCUGAUAUUAUGCCAGCCGGUUUGUGGCUUUUCCCGUUUGUGUCUUUUAGUCGUUGCUCUGUGUGAGCUACGUGCUACCUUUUUUCAUUUGUUUGUAAGACUUAUGUUCUGAACCUCUUUAUUUCAUUAAUAAGAGAGGCCGUAUGCAUCGAUCUGAUGCAGAGGCCGGGGUAAACCCCCUUUUCCAA